CUGCGUGCGCGUGCAGCUGCGGCCCUUCCCUCCUCCGGCGCCCGCCCGCCAUGGCUGUCCCCGAGCCGCGGCCCAACCACACCAUCUACAUCAACAACCUCAACGAGAAGAUCAAGAAGGACGAGCUGAAGAAGUCCCUCUACGCCAUUUUCUCCCAGUUCGGCCAGAUCCUGGACAUCCUGGUCUCCCAGAGCCUGAAGCUGCGGGGCCAGGCCUUCGUCAUCUUCAAGGAGAUCAGCAGCGCCACCAACGCCCUGCGGUCCAUGCAGGGGUUCCCCUUCUACGACAAGCCCAUGAGGAUCCAGUAUGCCAAAUCUGACUCUGACAUCAUUGCCAAGAUGAAGGGCACAUUUGUGGAGCGGGACCGCAAGCGAGAGAAGCGGAAGCCCAAGGGCCAGGAGACCCCUGCGGUCAAAAAGCAGCUCCAGGGGGCAGCAGCGCCAGUGGCCCCGUCAGCGCAAGGCACGGUGCCUGGGAUGCCACCCAUGAACCAAGGCCCACGCAUGAUGCAUCACAUGCCGGGCCAACCCCCCUACAUGCCCCCUCCAGGAAUGAUGCCCCCUCCUGGCAUGGCUCCAGGGGCUAUUCCUCCUGGGGCCAUGCCGCCUCAACAGAUGCUGCCUGGGCAGAUGGCUCCCGCACAGCCGCUGUCGGAGAAUCCACCCAAUCACAUUUUGUUCCUCACCAAUCUGCCCGAAGAGACCAACGAGUUGAUGCUGUCCAUGCUGUUCAAUCAGUUCCCUGGCUUCAAGGAAGUGCGGCUGGUCCCGGGCCGGCAUGACAUUGCCUUCGUAGAAUUUGACAACGAGGUGCAGGCGGGAGCUGCUCGCGAUGCCCUUCAGGGAUUCAAGAUCACCCAGAACAACGCCAUGAAGAUUUCCUUCGCCAAGAAGUGAUGCGGGUCUUUGGCCUCGAGGCUCCGGGCUGUCCUGUUCAUUUCUUGUUAGUGCCUCUAAAAUAGUUUGUGUUCUGUUUCUGCUUUUUGAUUGUUGCAAGUUCUGUUCUGCGAGGUAAGUGUGUGCGAAUGUGGCUGGCCUGCCUGGGCAAGAAGAUCCAGAGCUUGUUUUCCCCAGGCACUGACUUGGACCCUUCCCAGGUACUUCCAGUGUGUCUGGGCUGGGAUCUGUGGCUGGCUGGUGGGGAGGAGUGUGUGUGUGUGUGCGUGAGAGAGAGCAGAGCAUGCGCACGCGCCACUGGAAGGCAGAGGCCGGUUCUUGACAAAAGCAUGGCACCCAGAGUCCGACGGCCGGACAUAGCACCUGGAGCUUUUCUCUUUUGCAAUAAAAAUGUUGGUUUGUUUUUAA